UAGAGUACAAGAUUUAUCUUGUGAAACAAAAUAAAACUACCAACCAUUGAUUCUCUUCUUUUCUUGUCCUCUGAUCUAAUCCAACACCAUAUAUCCUCGCAGCUUACAUGGCUUCUCAACCUAGUACUUUUAAUGUAAGAACAGCACUUUUGUUGUUGUGUUUAACCUUGUUGUUGAUGGGACAUAGUUGGGGUGGUAAUUUCAAUAAAGAUUUUGAUAUCAGUUGGGGAGGUGAUAGGGCAGGAAUACUCAAUAAUGGAAAGCUUCUAAGUCUUUCCCUUGACAAAGACUCUGGUUCAGGUAUACAAUCUAAGAGAGAGUAUUUGUUUGGAAAGAUUGAUAUGCAACUCAAACUUGUCCCAGGAAAUUCUGCAGGCACUGUCACUGCAUACUAUUUAUCAUCACAAGGUGCAACACAUGAUGAGAUUGAUUUUGAGUUCUUGGGGAACCUUAGUGGUGACCCAUACAUUGUUCACACAAAUGUUUACACUCAAGGUCAGGGUAACAGGGAGCAACAGUUCUACCUUUGGUUUGACCCCACAGCCAAUUUCCACACCUAUUCCAUACUUUGGAAUCCUCAAGCAAUAAUUUUCUAUGUGGAUGGCACACCAAUAAGAGUGUUCAAGAACCUAGAAUCUUCAAGUGGGGUACCAUAUCCCAAGACUCAACCCAUGAAGGUGUAUGCAAGCUUGUGGGAUGCAGAAGAUUGGGCAACAAGAGGUGGGCUUGUGAAGACCGAUUGGUCCCAAGCCCCCUUCAAAGCAACCCUAAGAAAUUUCAAGGCCAAUGCUUGCAUUUGGGCAUCUGGGAAAUCAUCUUGCACCUCAAACUCCACCAAAAUCAAGCCAUGGCUCUCACAAGAACUUGAUGCCACAAGUGCAGAAAGGCUGAAAUGGGUGCACCAAAAUUACAUGGUUUACAAUUAUUGUGCAGAUAUCAAUAGGUUCCCCCAAGGCCUCCCUGCAGAAUGCACCUUCAAUUCCACUACCACAUAAUUUCACCAUUAUUAGCUAUCAUAUCAUCUUUCACCUACUUCUGAUCUUUUUACAUUCAAAAAAAAAA